AUGACUGUGACGGCGACGAUGACGACGGUGAUGACGGACAAUGAGCAUGGAUUUCUCAAGGAGGAGUUGUUGACAGGGUCGAAGAUUCUGUGUACGCUUACAGGCGCCGCGUGCCUGAACGUGUGUAACGCCUCGCUCUUCACACUUAUGGUAAUCAGUGUCAGUCGUAUGUUCGCCAUUUGCUACCUCAACGUCUACGGACGCGUGUUCACGUCGAGCAAAUGCGUCACCAUCGUCGUUGUCACCUGGUUUACCGUCUUCGUCAUGAAUCUGCCGGCGUACUUCUACGACAACGGUUCUGGCUUCUGGUUUGAACCCCGUUCGCAAUCGUGCCUGUGGAAUUGGUACGCGAGCCCGCUACACCGCCACCUGUGGGCAGCGCUCCGCGUAAUGACGCCCGCAACCGUCACAGCCAUCUGCUACCUGAAGAUAUUCAUCCACGUUCACAAGAGUAAGCAGCGGGUAUGUACGUCUGGAGUUGGACUCGUGCUAUUUCUAGCGUCAAUACGACUAUAG